AUGGCAACUACAGAGGUAAAACCCUCCGCCGACAAAAACCCUAAACGGAAUCCAUCACUGGGUCCGAAGAAAUAUUUGAAGAAGAAGAAGUCUAAGAAGCCGAAAGCUCUCACCUUUGAUAAAAACGACGGCGAUGAGCAACCUGUAUCGGCUUCUGAACAGCUUACCUUCUUCUUGAAUCAACUCGAAUCCGCCAUUGGUGUUCGUGUUUCUUCUUUAGAGCUCGAUCCCAUUAAAGAUAAGUGUAUAGUUGAGUUAUCUCAAAAUUUGGACCAAAAUGUAAGCAAUUUGGGAGAGCAUUUAAAGAUGUCUUAUGGAUCUUCAUGGAGAGAGUCUCUUUGUGAAGGAGAGAUAAUUGAAGGGAAAGUUGAACCUGGAAACCCAUCUGUUCUUGUUAUUAGUUCCUCUGCUUUGAGAUCUUUGGAACUUCAAAGGGAGGGUUUGCGUUUAUUGACUAAGCAGUGUCCUGCAGUGAAGUUGUUCUCAAAGCAUUUGAAGGUUGAGGAACAGGUAUCUCUGUUGAAGAAACGGGUUAAUAUUGGGAGCGGCACACCGAGCAGAAUCAAAAAGCUAAUCGACAUAGAGGCAUUAGGCCUUUCGCGUUUAGAUAUGAUCGUGCUCGACAUGCACACUGAUGUCAAAGGAUUCUCCUUAUUCACACUACCCCAAGUCAGAGAUGAGUUUUGGGAUCUGUAUAAGAACUGUUUCCACCAGAGAGUGUUAGAAGGCAAUCUACGUAUCUGUCUGUAUGGUCCAAAGCCAGCAACUCCAAAGCUUAAGAACAAAAAGAAACAGAGACGAAACCAACAUUGA